AUGCACCAGCUCACCUGUAAUGGUGUAUUAGAGGGUAUCAGGAUUUGCAUGCGAGGAUUCCCCAAUAGAAUGUAUUAUGCUGACUACAAAAUGCGAUUUGCUAUUCUUGGAGCAGCUGAGAUUGCUAGCUCUAAAGAUGACAAAGUUGCAGUAUAUGCUUUGAUGGACAAAAUUGAGUUUGACAAAGAAAGAUAUCAUCUUGGACACACUCUUGUCUUCUUCAGAGCUGGAGCUCUUGCUAAACUUGAGGAAGCAAGAGAUGACAUUGUUGGCAAACUCAUUAGAUAUAUGCAAGGACAAUCAUACCAGCGUAUCAAAAGGGUUGGAUUUUGUAAGCCCAGAGACCAAAGAGAACUUAUCAAGGUUUGCCAAAGAAAUUUUAAAAAGUAUAUGUCAAUGCGAGAUUGGGGAUGGUUUAUUAUUAUUCAAAAGUCACGCCCUCUCCUUGGAAUGCCAAACCUUGAAGAAGAACUUCGCCAACUGGAGGAAAAAGCAAAUGCCACUUAUGGUAAAUACAAGUCUGCACUUGACACCACUGCAUCUCUAGAAAGUGAGCUUGAUAACAUGCAAGUAGACAUCAAAGCUUUAACAAAAACACUUGAAUCUGAACAAGGAAACCUUAGUGUUUAUACAGACAGGCAAUCAAAAGCUACUGCCUUCAAGGCAGAAACUGAAGUUGAAUUAUCAACACAGCAAGCUUGUCUUUCUUAUGAAGAAGCUUCAAGGAUAGAACUUACUGCUGAGGUUAAAAAGCAUUCUGGUUCCAUUAAUGUUGUCAAGAAGGAUAUUGCUAUUACCAUGGUGGAACAAGAAAAAACUGACAGAGAUCAUACUAUCAAAUCUCUCAAUGAUGAAAUUUCAGAGCAGGAUGAGGUGAUUAACAAACUUAACAAGGAGAAAAAGCAUAUUGCAGAGACUCAGGCAAAAUCUGGUGAUGAUCUUAUUUCUGCUGAAGAAAAGGUCAAUCACCUCAACUCAAUCAAGUCCAAGCUUGAAUCAACUUUGGAUGAACUGGAAGGGGCACUUGACAAAGAAAAGCGCUCAAGGGGAAAUCUUGAAAAGGGUAGAAGGAGAACUUAA